AUGAAAAAAGGGGAUGCUCUAAUAAUAUUGAAGAAAUAUACAUCAGAGGAGGAUUGUCUAUUUUGUUAAAAAUAUGGAAGAGUAACAACAGAUAAAAUAAAUUUUGCUCCACUUCUGAAUAGAGUAAGAAAUAAUUAAAUUGGGAAUUAGGCUUUGUACACGAAAUAUUCUUAAUCUCAAUGGAAUGGAAAAAAAUAUGAAGAUUUAUUUUCAACAAAACCUGUAUCAUGGGUGAUUUAAUUCAAAGACAAAUUAACAUUUGAAGAUUAAGAUGAAUUUCUGAAAAGGUAUAAAAAGAAUAAGAAUUUUUAUAUAAUAGGUUUUAUUCAAAGAAUGACUAACCAUAGAAAUUUGAUUAAUUAUUAGAAUAUUACAAAUAUCAUAAAGAUAUUCCAAGAAUGUUUAUGCCAAGAGUUUCUGAUUUAGCAAUAUAUUUUUAUGAGAAAAAAAAGUAAUUUUUUAUUAAUUUAAAACAUUAGAUAGAUAGAAUAUAGAAAGAUAAAAUAUAUGCUUGGUAUUCCUAUUGAAGAUGCUAGUAAUUGUACAUGUAAUAAUAAAGAUAUAAUUAGAAUAUGAAAAACUUAAAGAAGAUAUAAAAGUAUUAAAUAGUAUAACUCAGCAGACUCAAGUAUCAAGUCUUUCUGUAUUAAGAGAAAUCUUAAAAUCUAAAGCUAGUGAUGAAAUUAUUGUAAUAAUAAUAUAAAUGUAAAUUUUAGAAUAUUGAUGCAACUUGGAUGACAAUGACUUAAUAAUAAUAAUAAUAAUAAUAAUAAUAAUAAUAAUAAAAAUCAUUAUAUCCCCCUAACCUAAAAUUGCUUAAAUAAUUAAUAUCUAAAAAUACCCAAUUUAAUAAAGAUAAACAAAAUAUUUAUGCAGCAGGAAUAAAUAAGGGAGCAAUAUAAAAUUCUCCAUUACUUAAAGGACAUCUAAAGACUUUAAGUAAAGAUGCUUCACAAAAAUCUUUAGUUUCAUCCAAUAAAAUAAUUAAUAAUAGUGGUGGAGAUACAGAUUUACAUAAAUUUUUAAAAUAACAGAUUCUAACAGUUAAUCAUGCUAAUCCAUGUGUAUCUAAUCCUAAACAAUCAUCUAAAGCUAAUCAUAUAUCUAAUUAUCAAUCUAAAUAGAAUAGCAUACAUUAUAUUACUAGUACUAGAAGUAUAUCUUCAGAGCAAUUAAAAUUAAUUUAAUCAUAAUAACCUUUAAAAUAAAGCAAUAGUCCCAAUUUAGUUAUUCCGACACAUAAAAAAAGUUAAACAUAAACACAUUAUACAGAAGUUAACUCUCCUAAUAAACAUUAAAAGCAACUCUCUAAUAAAAUGCAUACAAAUAUAUAAUAAGAUCUCAAAUAAUCAUUAACUCAUACUAAAUCCUCUGAUAAACUCUUCAAAAUAUAUACAUCCCAAUCAUCUGUUCCUUUGUCAGCAAAUAUUAAUAUUAACAUUAAUCAACUUAAUAUGAAUAAUUUAAAUAUUAAAACUCCCUUUUAAUAAUAUAAAGCAAUGCUUGAAAGUCCUAAAAUUAAUUCAAAAUAAAAAACAUAAUCUAAUAUUGAAACUUAAAGAAUUACUAGUGCUUAAAAGAGUGCCAGUUCUUAGAAAAAAACCUAAAUCUCCAUUUAAUAGUUAUAUGCAUAAAAAAUCAAAACUAAGAAUAAAAUAUUGAAAAAAUGA